AUGGUGCAGCCGGGGGAGGCCCUAUGGGCCACGGCAGGCCCCACACUAGGCCUCACCCCAUGGGGAGGCUGCCUGCACCACAAUGGGCCCCACACAAAGCCUCACCCCAUAGGGAGGCCGCCUGCACCACAGCAGGCCCCACACAAGGCCUCACCCCGUGGGGAGGCUGCCUGCACCACAGCAGGCCCCACACAAAGCCUCACCCUGUGGGGAGGCCGCCUGCACCACAAUGGGCCCCACACAAGGCCUCACUCCAUGGGGAGGCCGCCUGCACCACGGCAGGCCCCACACAAAGCCUCACCCUGUGGGGAGGCCGCCUGCACCACAGCAGGCCCCACACAAGGCCUCAACCCAUGGGGAGGCCACCUGCACCACAGCAGGCCCCACACAAAGCCUCACCCCAUGGGGAGGCUGCCUAUACCACAGUGGGCCCCACACCAGGCCUCAAUGCCGUGGGGAGGCUGCCUGCACCACGGCAGGCCCCACACAAGGCCUCACCCCAUGGGGAGGCCGCCUGCACCACGGCAGGCCCCACACAAGGCCUCACCCCAUGGGGAGGCUGCCUGCACCACAAUGGGCCCCACUCAAAGCCUCAUCCCGUGGGGAGCCGUCUGUACCACAGUGGGCCCCACACCAGGCCUUACUCCGUGGGGAGGCCGCCUGCACCAGGGCAGGCCCCACACCAGGCCUCAAUGCCGUCCCAUGCCGGGACAGGAAGGUCUCUCUGCUCUGCUGCAUCAUGGCACCGUGGGCCGGGUGGUGGUGUGGGCCCCCGGCUGA